UUGUUCCAAAGAUAAUUUGAAAACUUAUAUGUCUUGGGAUUGCCACUUGUCUGGUCUUCCCCCACACUGUGGAUUCUUGUCUCUGUAAUUUUCACUCUUACCCUCUUUCCCUUCUUUGCUUCUUCUCCCUCUUCCUCCUGCACUGUCUUUCAGGUUUCAGAUUGAGCACCAUCCUUAAUCCCCAAAUAAAAUCUUGUUGCAGAGGUAGCUUUAUAUAUUUUGCUCCGCAUCACUACUGGUUCCUCAAACAUAAGGGGUGAAGGACAUUUCCAGCUGAACUAAAUCUAUUGUAAAGGGACCAGAAAAAAGCUUCUCAUUUGGAAUUGCCAAUCUUACCAUGUAUCCGAAUCAAGCCUUUUCUUCCGGAUCCUAUGCGGAAAUGUUGUCUGGGAGUUCUAUGUUGCCUCAUAACUACAGUGAAUCUGUUGGAGGACAAAAUGAGUUGAAGUUCAUGGCAUCCAUGGGUGAUAAUAUGACAAUUCAGCCUAUGGAAGAGCAUUCUAAUGCUGGUGCUGGAGAUUCGCAUGUUAUUUCAAGGACACAAUUGGGUCUUGUAGACAUUGAGCAGCAAAAUGUGCAGGGCCAGGGCUUGUCUCUUAGCCUUGGGACUGUGAUGCAAUCUGUCCCUUCCUUUCAGUAUCAGUAUCCCGGUUCCGGUUUCACAUCACUAAUGAGUUCUCAAAUUCCAAACUUAAAGGGGACUGAAGAUGAGGCCAACCUACAUAAGGAACUGAGAAAUGCUGAAUGCAUGACACCUGUAUCUUCUGGAGGCUUUCACAAAAGGGAAGAUUUCUAUAAUCCACACCAGUCUGAUCCAUACCUUCACGGAGCAGCGGGUUUCUCCGCCAACAAUGUCAUGAACUCGCAAUACCUUAAGGUAGCACAGGAGUUGCUUGAUGAAAUAGUUAAUGUCCGAAAGCCUUUGAAGCCGACUGGAUUGGAAAAACAGCAAAGCUUUCGCGACAUUGGUUUGGAUGGCUCCAAAGAUUCUGAUGGAAAAUCUACCAGUCAAUCUAUGCAAAUGUCUUCGGGCCCCAAUGGUUCUACUGCAAACUCUUCAUGUGAGCUAUCACCUGCCGAACGACAGCAUCUGUUGGACAAGAAGACAAAACUUUUGUCCAUGUUGGAUGAGGUAGACAAAAGAUACCGACAGUACUGCCAUCAGAUGCAGAUUGUGGUAUCGUCUUUCGAUAUGGUAUCUGGGUGCGGAGCGGCGGAACCAUACACCGCACUAGCCUUGCGCACAAUUUCUCGUCAUUUUCGCUGUUUGCGUGAUGCUAUCAGCGGCCAGAUACAAGUGACUCAAAGGAGCCUUGGAGAACAGGAGGGAAUACCCCGUCUUCGCAAUGUGGAUCAGAAGCUCAGACAACAAAAGGCCCUUCAGCAACUUGGUGUCAUGCGACAAGCUUGGAGACCUCAAAGGGGACUUCCCGAAAACUCUGUUUCCAUACUCCGUGCAUGGCUGUUUGAGCAUUUCCUCAACCCUUAUCCAAAGGAUUCUGAGAAAAUUAUGCUGGCUAGGCAAACAGGCUUAAGCAGAAACCAGGUGGCAAAUUGGUUCAUUAAUGCAAGGGUGCGUCUUUGGAAGCCAAUGGUUGAAGAAAUGUACAAAGAAGAAUUUGGUGAUUCUGAGAUGAGCAGCAGCAACCUUUUAUCAGAAAACACACCCAAAGCUUCAAGAGAGGAUGUUCAAGUGUCUGGCAAUAAAAGGGAAGAGUCUCAGGACAAGUUAACAACUAUUGAUAGUCUUCAACAACAGGGCCAGAUUCAUGGGUUGAAAUUGGAUCAUGCUUCUUCCACUGCAGAAUUGGAUAGAGGGAUCCAAAGUGGUGAUGAUCAUGGGACAAAUGUCAUGGAUUUUAGAACUGGUAAAUUGCACGGUGAUCAAAGGUUUAACAUGAACAAUAGCCCCUAUUCAAGUGCACCUAUGCAAAUCACCCACAAUGGUGAUGGCUGCAUAAUGGCUUCUACUCCUGCAACAUAUGAUUUAGCUGAUUUGGGUAACUUUUCAACUGUGGGUGGUCAUGUUUCCCUUGCAUUGGAGUUGAGGAACUCUGAAAAUAAUGGAUUUGGAGUGUCCAAUGAUGACACAUAUAAAAGACAUGAUCAAACAUUGGCUUCUUCACAAGAGAAUGAUAUGCUAGAGUAUCAUUUCACAGACUCUGGAAAGCAACAACACAAGUUUGGCAAUCCUCAUCUGCUACACGAGUUCGUUGUCUGAAUGCAUGUUUGGAAAUCCUUGUAUAACUCAUUUGAAGUCAAAGUCAAUUCUAGUGAGAAGCUUCUGUGAGUAUUUCUUGGUGCCGGAAUUGAUUCUGAGGAAAAAGAAGUUAAUCCAAACAUAUAUUGAAUUGAAGAAAAAUUUAGGGAACUCUAGAAAUGUAUGUGACCCUUGUUGCUCAUUCUUGUUGUCUACAGUUUAUAAAACGAUGUAAAUCAUGGACCGUACAAAAUAUACACGUAGGUAUGUGUAGAUAGUGUCUUGUACUAUUGUGGAUGAUUGGUUGUAUGUGCAGGCAAUUUUGUAAGGACGAGGUACACAUCUUGUCAUCAUAAUGAAUAAGGAAUCUUGUGAAAAAUGUAAUAUGUACCAUCUUCUGAAUGCAUUGACUCUCAGACUACA